GUUCUGAUACAACUUUUUUCAUCAUCUGAACCAGCCAUUUUAAAAAGAAUAAUUUUCACUGAUUUUUGUUAAUAUGACGUUUCAUUCAACUGAACAAACACAGUCAUGGCGUAGAGUGUGCCUGUCAGUGUUCCUUAUUCUGUUGCUGGUCUCUUUUCUCUCUUACUUAAUCACUGACGACCACUUGACUCUAAAAAUUAGUCACCAAGCCCAUCAAACUGGAAUGAUGGCGAAUCAAGUAGCUCAGCCCUAUCACGACCAAACAGUAAUAGAUGAAGGAAAGAAGGAAGAGAAAAUGUCUACUUGUGAGAGGAAAAAAACUAAUAUUGCAAUGGUCAAAACUCACAAGUGUGUGAGUGAUUUAAUGGGAACCAUGAUGCUGAGAUUUGGAGAGAAGCACAAUCUGGAGAUCCUAUUGCCCAAACAGGGAGGCUCGAACCUAGGGAAGAGAUCCAGCUCCAGUUCACAGUGGACCCGAGAGACUCUUUCGAUUUCUUCAUCAGAAGAUACCCGGAACAAAUUGGAGGCCAGUUGCCACAUAGGAUUAAACAUUAUCCUCUCAUAAACACAAUGCUUUACGAUUAUGGAGCCCGAGGACUAACACGUCCCGAGCAGUUCAAGUCUCUAAUUGGGCAAAUCAUGAGGAACUUCACGGUGAUUUUGGUGGCCGAGAUGUUCGAUGAAAGUCUAGUUGUAUUGAAGCACAAACUGUGCUGGGAUUGGUCGGAUGUCGCUUAUGUAACGACUAAUCAAGGAAAGUACAAAUUCGAAUUCAGAAACGAAACACUUCUCGAAGAACGCAGAGGCCACCACAGGCGAUUCGCACCCUACGAAUACAUGUUUUACAGCGCUUCAUUAGACAAGCUCAAAGCGGACAUUAAAAUCAUUCCUAAUUUUUUCGAUCAGCUACUUGAAAUGAGAUCUGUCAGAAGAAAAAUAACAGAAUGGUGCUACACCAACAAGACAUCCGUGGACAGUAUCACAAUUAAGACCAAAUUCAGCAAGACCGAUCAAACAGUGUUUCGGAAACAAGAUUGCACGAAGAUGAGGAUGAAAAUCGUAGACUAUACUAUAAAACUGAUACAGGACCGAUAUCAUUACACUCCAACAGAACACUGGGAUGGCGAGUUUGGAGAGCACCCCUGAUAAAAACAAAUUCAUCUCAUUCUAACCUCCACUUAAUAUUUAAAUCUCAACUUGCCCGCCAAGACAGUUAGCAGUCCGUAUCCAAUCAGUCACCCGCUGAGAGACAUGACUGUUUGCUUGCUGAAG